AUGAGGGUCUCGCAAAUCCCCCUCCUCUUUACCACACUGGGUGCCAGCCUUGUGCUCGCUCAAGAACGCUGCGACGCACCCUCGCCAGGUAUAUACUGUAACUCCACCGAAAUUCUCGCAUACCACUCGGACGACUGCAAGCCUUUCCACGUCUUCAUCUCCCGUGGCUCCGAUGAGCCCUACCCAGGCCGUCUAGGCAACCUCACCUCGGAGAUUUGCGCAGCAAUAGGAGGAUCAGAAGAGUGUGGUUACGAGGAUGUCGAGUACCCAGCAAAGAGCACAGCGUGGGGACAAGGCGUUUGGUGUGAUUCUGCGGGCAAGGGUGCGAAGAGCGGACAGGCGCAGAUGAAGGCAUACAGUGAAAAAUGCCCUGAUAGCAAGUUGAUUGUGUUGGGUUACUCGCAGGGAGGAUCCGUGGCACAGGACAUGCUUGGUGGGGGAGGAGGUUCUGUCUUCGCAUGUGAGCAAGACAUGAACCCGGCUCUAGACGCUACGUCGGCUCCCGGCUCUAAUGUCGUCGCAGCCGUAACCUUUGGCGCUGUCGUCCGUUCUAAAGACCAGAAUUUCACCGUCGGUCGCGGUGUAGAUUACGAUGGCACCAGUGCGCGCAGCCCCGAACACCUUGAAGGCCUCCAGCAAUACUCCGACGUCUUCCUGGACUACUGCCACUACGGCGACCCAAUCUGUGCCGUGGGCUCCGAGCCCCAGGAUGUAAACGAGCACCUGAACUACUUCAUCCAACACAACCCGGAAGUGAUCAAGUGGGUAGUUGGCAUGGCCAAGGCAAGCGGUGAUGUGAGUGCGAAACCCAGCAAGCCCGUAAUCAGCGCUUCUUCUUCCUCGACAAGUGUGGCAGCGAGACCCCAAGCCACGCCAUCCGGAUCUGCCACCCCCUCGCCUAUUGCAACGACAACUGACGGAAACGAGAAGAGCGCGCAAGCAACCGCCGCUACAGGUGCUGCUAGUUCACUGACUGCUACCCUCGCGUACUUGACUGCGCUGGCUUUGGUCGUAGCUGUGUUCUUGUAG